UUUCAAGUAACAAAAGUUUAUGGGUUUAGUUUUAGUUGACUAAAAUGACACUGAUUGCUUCUCUUGAAUUUAGUCCAGGCUCAAAACCGGUGGAUUUUGGGUCCAUGACUAGGAACCAUAACCCCGUGCGCCGACUCUCAACAGUCUCUUCCGUCUCUAAACCCGCCCACUACAUCCUGACAACAGAGUGGAUUUGGUACUACAAAGGAGAUCAUGAGAACUGGAUAGAGUACGGUCAGCCGGAUGACAAGCAACGUGUGACGUCUGUAACGUCCCGAGAGCUGGAGAAAGCAUUUCAGGAGGAUAACAAUGCAGAGGUUACUGUCCUUAAGGGAAAUAGGCAUUACUAUGUCAGUUUCCAAGAUAUGUAUCAAAGAAACCCCAAACACAACACAAAGAGGAGGGUGCGCAGACGACCACGCUUUGUGUCUAUCAAUGAGGUGGAGGCUAAAGCUACCCAGUGACAUACCCACACACACAAACACACACUGUUUAUGGACAAAAGGACUUACAUUCAAAUUAUGAGUUACUGAUUGGGUUUUGUAUCACUUUUCAAAUCAUAUUUAAGACAUAUUAAUUUUAAGACAUCUUAAAAUAUCCAAUUAUUUUUAACCAAAAUUGACUUGUCUUUGCCAAAAAAACAAACAAAAAAAUAAUGUGGCAACAUUUUUUCAUUUUUUAAGUGCUUCUGAUUUAUUAUAGCUCAAAUAACUGCUCAUACGAGAGAGUCUUUCCUUCAAAUGGACACAUUUAGAGACUGUGACUUUAGCAUCAUUUUUCCUUUAUUUUUUCAUGCCUGUAUUUGUCUGGUGUGCCUUUAGUGAAUGUGGUACCCUUGUGAGGUGAUCAACUCGUGAGGUAUAAACUUGCACUUUUUUUCCAUAUCAUGUAUUCAUCAAUAAACACUCCCUGUUUUCCUAUUUAGUAAUUCAUUUGAAUACAAAAAAAAUCAGUUCUGCAUGAAAUAAUCUUUGCAAUUGUAUACUAGUCGGCAGCACUAAGGAUUUAAUUUAGGUUCAUUUGACCUCUAAUAAAUCUUAGAAUAAAUCAGGAAUCCUGGUGCAUGUUAAAGAGAAUAAUUUCUUUGGUAAGUGUUAAGGGAUGUGCCCAGUAUAAGAAAUGAUCAUAAUAAUGCAAUAAUGUGCAUUUUGCCUAAUGUGUCCCCAAAAACUAUAAAAUGAUGUUAACACAUCUCACUUUUUAGUGUCUCAAAUGGUCAAAUCUCCCUAAGAAGGGCCUAAAAAAGGUAUGUACCCUUUAUAAUAUUAUUUUAUAUUAUUACACAACUUAAACAAAUAACCAUAGUAAAUCCACUUAAUAAAAUAAUAAAACCAUGGUUAAUUCCCAGGACGUUUUGGCAUUUUGAUUAUCAUGGAUAAAAUAUAGUUAAUUAGUAAAUCCAUGGUUAAUUUUAGCAAGGGAAAUACUGUAAAUGUGUCCAUGUGUAACUAUGUUACUUUUUCAAAUGGAUUUUCAAACAAUAGUUUCAGUAACAAACAAUAAUUACACAAAAGUUCGUCACAAUACGAACAAAUAAUAAUAAUAAACAAUUUAAAUUGAAUAAAGGGUUACUAAAGGAUCCUGCUGAUAGCCAAUGACAGUGUCUCCGUUGUUCUUUACGUUUCUUCUGAAUAAAUCCAAGGGGCGGUCUUCGCCGAGUGCCGCAGAUAUCGAGAAGGCGUAACGUUAUUUCUCCUCUGUGGAGUGUUUUAUGCCGAAGACAUGCGCUACCAAUAGUAGCUAUCUUUUAGAAGCGGCUCACGUAUUUAUUUAAGGGGUGCAAUCUGUCCAGUGUGUUUGGAGGGGAUGGGAUCUUGGGAUAUGGGCCGUGCAUGGGAACAUCAAGAACCGCUUCUUUACAAUUAACGUUAGAUCUACCCCGGAUACCGGGAAAUGAGCCACGCACGAGCAGCGAGCUGGGUACUGUUUAUACGAGAAGCUGUCAGCAUAAAUAUCUGAUAUGUUUAAUCUGAUUUGAUCCCUUGCAUUGAUAGCAUUGAUAUUCUCUAUGUAUGGCCGUUCUGUCAUCAUGAUAUCGGGGGUGUGAAGGGGCGCGCGCGUGAGCCGCAUCCGCGCGACCUGCAUCUCAACAUGACAGCAAUGUAUAGAAAAGGAAGGAUACCAAGCAGGAAGACCUGUGGUUAUCCAGGAGACAUUUUAUCAGGGUCAGAUGGCCUGUCUUGAAUAAGAAACGUGUGAAAAUGGAGAGCUCUGGUUCAAGGAUGGAACUGAGGAGCCCGCGGCGACUGCUCGGAUGUUGCGCACUUCUUCUCCCCGCAGUGAUGUUGGUGGGAUAUGUUGCAGUGGAGCUCCCAUCCAACAUGUCCAGAAGGAGCCUCAAUCAGCUUCCAACAAGAACACAUUCACCUCCUGCCUUAUCUUCUUCUUCAUCAUCAUCAUCAUAUUCUUCUCAUCAAUCUGAGAGAACCAGGCGUCCAGCUUAUACACCUCCAGGUGCCAAACAUCCCUCAUUCCCUGGACGCCAUGACAGUGCCUCCAGCAUAGAUCCCACCCCGUCCCUCGGUUCCGAAGGGUCGGGUAACUUAGGUGACGGGGCCCAGGGUAUACACCUGCUAUUACGACCCCCAGACCUUCUAACACCCAGCCAGAUGCCUCCCCUCCAUGACAACAGACCACCGACACCAGCCCCCCCAACCCUGGUGCCACCCGAAGACCAGUAUCCUGUCCACUCCGCAGAGGUGGACUGGGGCUCUGGAGACUACCUUGAAACUCUUACUUUCAUGGGAUCAGAAGGGGAGGAGUUUUCUCUUGUCACCACCCUUCCUACGCAUGGAUACGAUUUGUAUGAUACGGAGGAUGAUGCCACGGUCAGCUACAACACAGCUUUCCCCUCUCGCCCCGUCCUGCCUCUCUCGUCAAGAGACCUUCAACCCAGUGUUACUGUAAAAUAUGGGACUAACUUAAGGACGGCCCAUCCUACCGAUCCCCGCCUCCCAUUGUCUCCUGACUCCGCCCAUGCGAGCGAUAUGGAUGAUGAUUUGGAUUUCGAUUGGGCGGAGCUUUUUCCCAUUGAGCCGACUGAAAUGCUGCUUCCUGAUAUGAACAGUCUGGAAUAUUACAACACAUUGCAAGCCAAAGAGAAUGCUAGUAUUGUGAGGAAUAGGACGCACCCUCAUAUUAUCCCUACGCACACUGUGGGACCCACCCACACUCCCACUGCAACUUUGGGGAAAAUCCCGAUCGAAAUUGACUUGACAACUCCUCAAACUAUUCCAUCAGUAACCCCAACUCCACCCCAUAAACCUACAAAGCCUCCCAUUCCAUCAACCAGCGAGAGCCAACGGCCUCCUGAAGGCCCAGAGAAGGGUGUUCCUUCCAUACCCACGUCACAUGUGGGCAAAACACGAACAUUGACAACUGCCCUUCCUCCACCCGGCACCUUAGAGGGUCCAGUAAUACAAGCCAUUACGCUGAAGCCCCCUGCUACCAAACCCCGUAUGACCACCAUCAGAACCACCACCAGAACUACAACCACAACCACGGCCACCAAAAGCCCACCGCCUACAACUCCCAGGAUUCCUCUGUCCAUUGCACCCCGACAGAAUGUCUGCAAUAUCACCAAACCGGACAUGUACCUAGUCAGAGUGGGCAUGCCUAGUGGGUCAUCGGUUGCGUUUGCCAAAGCUCAUGUGCGGGAGAUCCUUCGACGAGAGUUCAACCGUUCAGUGGAGCUCCAGGUCCUCAAAGCCCCGCCCAAUUUCAUCUUCCGGGCAGUUUCCGGUCCACUGGUGUACACUGCUAUCUCUGUCAUUAAUGCUCUCCGUCAAUCAGCGCACAGCACUUCCUCUUCUUCCAUUCUUUCCGUCACAACUAUAUAUGCAGUGCCUGAUUACAAACAUCAGGUCCACACAGUGCUGCAGUUUGUACCAAGUCAUGUGGAUGUGCGUCUGUGUAGUUUCAGCGAGCGUGUAGAGAAGGGGCUACUCAUGGCGUACGCGGAAGUACGCAAACGCUCACAAGAAAAUGGAAAUUUCACAGUUCAUAUUGUAAAUAUCACUAGUAGCCUUCCUAAGGGUCAGCGGCAGCAGAAGGCACCGGUGGACAUCACUUUUGCUGUGCGUGAUUCUCAAGGCUUCCUAAUGGGAUCAGAUGUGAGUGGUCACAUGAGGCAGCUCAGCGCUGUGGAGUUCAGCUUCUAUCUUGGUUUUCCAACCCUGCAGAUCGCUGAGCCUUUUCAUUAUCCUGAACUGAAUAUGUCCCACCUGUUACGCACAUCCUGGGUGAAGACAGUGUUAUUGGGUGUGUUGGACCAGCGUGUGAACGAGAGGACCUUCCAGGCCAAAAUGGAGAGGCGAAUAGCACUUCUGGUUGGAGAGGGACUUGGGAUCGGGGUUAGCAGUCGGCGAUGGAGAAGAGCUACUAGUAUUGGCAACAACAGUGUACAGAUUGUGCGGACGUCCCGUCUGAAUGGCCCGGACUACCCGCUGGAGCUGGUGUAUUUUGUGGAAGCGGGGUCAGGAGAAAGGCUGCCAGCUCAGGCCACUGCGGCCAUGCUCAACAGACUGAACCUGCAGAGAGCCGCCAUCGUACUGGGCUACAAAGUACAUGGAAUUCUGGCCACACCGGUGGAGAAGCUAGCCCUGCCGCCCUCUGAGACUCAGCCCAGUAACGUGUGGCUGAUCGUAGGAGUUUUGUUCCCAGUUCUUGUUGUCAUCCUCAUCAUCAUCAUCCUCUACUGGAAACUGUGCCGUUCUGAAAAACUUGAGUUUCAGCCAGAUGCCAUGAGCACCAUCCAGCAGAGACAGAAGUUGCAGCCUCCCAGUGUUAAAGGCUUUGAUUUUGCUAAACUACACCUGGGGCAGCAUAGUAAGGAUGACAUCAUGGUAAUCCAAGAACCCGCCCCUUUGCCAGCGCCUGUUAAAGAGGCCACGCCCUCAGAGGGCGGAGAAUUGAACACUCCUAAAUCAAAGAGCUCAUCUACAAAAGCAUCCCGUGGAGCACGCAGAAGAGGCAGGCUGUCUCCAUCUGAUGGAGAUUCAUUAGGAAGUGAAGCAUCCAGCGGUAGAGAAUCAGCCGAGGAAAGCACCAGACCUGCUGUGACACCAAGUGACAGCAAACCUCAACAUCGCAAGAGCAAACAUUCAAAAAACAAACUUGGUGCUCAACCCGGAAGUAGUGUGGACGAGCAGUUGUCCUCAUCAUCCAUAUUUGAGCAUGUGGACCGCCUCUCUCGAGGUUCGUCAGACGGAACACGCAGAGUCUCCAAUAAGAUCCAGCUCAUCGCCAUGCAGCCCAUGCCAAGCCCUCCCUCACAUCCACAUAACCAGGCCCUGAGUCCCAACCUGACAGACAACAUGCCAGACGGAGCAGAGGUCAACAGUGAGAUCCAAGUGGCCUUACGGCAUAAAUCCGAGAUCGAACACCAUCGCAAUAAGAUCCGCCUGCGUGCGAAGAGAAAGGGCCACUAUGAGUUUCCCUCCAUGGAGGACAUCAUGGCAGCGUUCUGCGAUAGCUCCGAACAACACCGAGUGUAUCAACAAGCUCAGGAACAGAUACACAAGAUCCUGCAUCCUGAAGAAAACACACCUUCAUCAUGCAGAGAGCCACGAAAAAGCUCUAAGGGAAGACGCUCUCCCAGACAUAGACAAAGACAGAAUUUGAGUGGAAGCGGAAGUCUGAGAGACAAAGAUCGCCUGAUUUCCGAUGGAGACGCCACGUAUAGGAAGUACCCCGGGGUCAACAAUGUGGCCUAUGUGUCCGAUGCAGAUCAGCUCCCAGAUGCAGGAAGCCCUUCUCCUACUGAUGAGGUGUUUUUAGACCCUGGAUCGCCGCCGUCUGACCUCGCCCCUGCCCCGCCCAGCUACGUCCCUCCUCAGCCAACCAUAGAAGAAGCCCGGCAACAGAUGCACUCCUUAUUGGAUGACGCAUUUGCUCUGGUCUCACCUUCUUCUCAAGGAAGCCCUGCUCCUCUAACAUUCACUGGCGUUACGGCGGUCCCUGGGGUCGGAGCAAUCAGCCCCGGUCAACCCUCAAGCCCAUCCUUACGUCCUUCACGCCAGUGGGUCUCCUCUUCUUACCCAGAAGCCCCUAUACACAGUCCUUUCUCUGCGAGGUAUGCUGAGUUAGGAAUGUCUCCCACAUCGGUUCAAGGUUUACUGCAGAGCCAGACCCAGGGCUCUGGAUAUGUGGUGUCAGCAGAGAUGCAGUCAGAUCCUGGAUACUCCAGCAGGGGGCAGUAUGGAGAAGAGAUGCCAUCGUCUUCUCGGCCACGACCAGUAGGGGGCAGCACAGGUGCACAGUUGCAUCAGCUGACACAAGUGGGCUUGUCAAGUCGGAUUGGACUGUAUCCUGGAGUUGGCCGUAGUGUAUCUGGACCUUCAGGAUCAAGCUGGGCCCAUUACCGCUCAGAUGAGGAGAUUUCCAGACCAGGAUCCAACCGAGAGGCUAUACUGACAUUCCCAGAGUACUCUUCAUCACCAGUUUUCCAGAUUCCUAGGAUGACCCUACAGGAUCCCACAACACCCCAGGGUCACCUGGAUGCCUCGAGCACUGGGUACAUCGCCCCUGAGGAGCGUUCUCCACCCCCCCAAUCCUCUGCCUCUCUCAUCAAGGCUAUCAGGGAAGAACUGCAGAGACUUUCUCAGAAACAGGCUGCUGUUGUCAGCUACCAGAGUUGAAAAAGACCAUCCCAAAAACCCCAGCCCUGGUUAACUUCCCAAUGUACCACAUAAACAAACUCACAAAUACCAACACAUCUCCAUGGAUGAGAAGCUGCUUUACACAGGAUCCAAACCGAAAUCUUCAAAUUCAAGUACGGCUGGUCUGUUACAUAUGAAGAAUUACUCGCAAUCUUCCAUACUGGUGUUGCCAAGACAUCCACGAUUUAAAUUCCACUGCUGACAUGCAGAAAAUAAACUUAAGUACUCUCUUCUAUAAUUCACAAAGAAAAAAAACACAUGUCCAGACUGUUUAGAAAGUAGACAAAGUUUCCGCAUAUUCAGACUCUCAAUUUGCAUGCUGAGAGCUGUGACAGUAGUUAAUGUGAAAAUACCUUCCCUUUAGUUCCAUGGCUCUCAAAGUGCUUCCUCCAAAUGGGUCAUCUUCAUGUCUCUGGAUUUCCUCUGGUGCUAAUACCACAAUUCAUUCCUGCCCAAAAACUUUCCUUUUCCUGUUCUCCCAUUUAUCCAAGACGGCUUAUCAAGUGGAAAA